CGGCCAUGGACUACAUCACAGAAUAACAUCAGAUGUUGCUAUUCUAAACUGUCUGCUUUGAGUUCUACAGAUUUGUUAGUUGUUUAGUUGUAUGUUUUAGCUUUAUAUGAAAACACCAUGUCGGUGGCGUUUGCACCUCACAGACAACGUGGAAAGGGUGAUAUAACACCCGCUGGAAUUCAAAAGUUACUGGAUGAGAACAAUCAGCUGAUUCAAUGUAUAAUGGAUUUCCAGAGCAAAGGAAAGACCGCAGAAUGUUCACAGUACCAACAAAUGCUCCACAGAAAUUUGGUUUACCUGGCCACGAUAGCAGACUCCAAUCAGAACAUGCAGUCUCUGCUCCCUGCUCCACCCACUCAGAACAUGCCCAUGGGCCCUGGUGGGAUGAAUCAGAGUGGAGCGCCUGGCCCCCAGCCCCCCCACGGACACAACAUGCCCUCGGAGGGCAUGGUCAGCGGCGGCCCCACUGCCCCACACAUGCAGAACCAGAUGAACGGACAGAUGCCUGGGCCCAAUCACAUGCCCAUGCAGGGCCCCGGGCCUGGCCCCAACCAGCCUCCCAACAUGCCCGGCAGUGGCGCCAUGAACAUGCCCCCCAGCAGCCACGGCUCCAUGGGCGGCUACAACCACGCUGUGCCCUCGUCUCAGGGCAUGCCUGCCCAGGGCCAGAUGAACAUGCCCCAGGGACAGGGACCCAUGGGCAACUACGGCCCCCGGCCCAACAUGAACAUGCAGCCUAACCAAGGCCCCAUGAUGCACCAGCAGCCUCCCUCCCAGCAGUACAACAUGCCCCCUGGGGGUGGUGGGCAGCACUACCAGGGCCAGCAGAAUCCCAUGGGCAUGAUGGGUCAGGUCAACCCAGGCAACCAUGUCAUGGGGCAGAGGCCCAUGCCCCCUUACAGACCCCCACAGCAAGGACCCCCUCAGCAGUACCCAGGGCAGGAAGACUACUAUGGGGACCAGUACAGUCACGCAGGACAGGGAGCUUCAGAAGAGCGAGACCCAGCAGCCAACCAACAGUCCCCCUAUGAAAAAGAUCAUGGAAAUGCCCAGUAUGGCCAGCAGCAGGAGGCCUACCAGCAAGGUCCUCCUCAACAGCAGGGCUACCCCCCACAGCAGCAGUACCCCGGACAGCAGGGCUAUCCUGGACAGCAACAGGGUUAUGGUCCAUCCCAGGGAGCUCCAGGCCAGUACCCCCAGGGUUACCCCCAGGGCCAGGGGCAGCAGUACGGGGCCUACCGGGGCCCCCAGCCCGGCCCCCCUCAGGCCCAGCAACAACGCCCAUACCCAGGCUACGACCAGGGUCAAUAUGGAAAUUACCAGCAAUGAGAGAUGGUCAUGGCAGUCAACAAGAGCCCUGCUCUGACCUCUAACCUCUAAACUCGGCUGCAGCUCACUGAGACACCCUCUCUCACACACACACACGCACACACUUUGUGGUCCUUAUGUGAAAAGUGUAACUUUUGUUAAUGUCGAUAAUGAGAUGAUUUUGUCCACUUCCAUCACUUUGCUUCUGGUCUGUGUUAGUCUCAAAGCAGCGAUGCCUUAAAAUGAAACAGAGCUGCCUUAUACAGAGCCCUGCAGAUUGUGAAAUGGGCAAAAAUAACAAGUUACAUUCAUUUUUGGGAUAUAACAGGACAGAAUUGUACAGAUCUGAACUUCACACUCAUGUAGUGCAAUGUUUCUCCAUCCAAUAGCCCCCCGUUCAUAAGAAGCAAUAAUGCCAAUGGGAGGGGUGGGACAGAGGCGGCGUGAGGAGAUCUUGCAUCUGAAACAAAAUUCUGUUAGGCCAUGGUACAUGUCAAGGUCAACAUGUGUGAUGAUGUAAAAAUCAAUUUUAUGCUUUUUAGAUUAAGCUAACUUUGUAUAAGAAUUUGGAGACUAUCGUUGAAUAUUGUUUUUUGUUUUUUUUCUCUUGAACUAUGUCUAUUGAUGGCAUUUUUUUGUUGUCGUGAUGACAUUGUAUUCAUCCCCCAUUUUGUUUGUUCUUUUGUUAUUUGUUCCCCCUGAAUUCUCUAUGCUUCUUCAGUGACUUGUACAAAGAAUAUGUGCUUGGGGUGAACAAAUCGGAUGCCUUGGUUUUAUGAAUGGAUUGUAUAUAGAAAGCCCUCAAACAAACAGAACACCCAUGUGCAUUGAAGCAUCAGUGCUGAAACAUUAUUUCUUUGGGAAGCAGAACAUGACCUGUGAGUAGGGCUGAAUUCUGACUUGAGAUAUACAGUGUAUUCAGGGAAGUUCAGACCCCUUGACUUUUUCCACAUCUUGUUAUUCUAAGACGUAUAAAAUCGUUUUUUCCCCCUCAUCAAUCUACACAA